AUGUUGAGAAGGGUGCUUCUGCAGGUUGCCACUCAACACCGGCGGUGCAUUGUUUCCCCUUAUGUGUCUCAUGAAUUUCGACGAAGCUCUUCUCAUUAUUUGUCGUCAUCCUCUCAAAUUGGGAACAGUUCUUCCGUCGAACACUUGGAGGGCUCGAAUCAGUCCCAUGAAACCAGUGCUCAACCUUCCACCACGGUCUCCAUAGACCGUUCUGGCUUGUAUAAUCCUCCCGAACAUUCUCACGAGCCUUCGCCGGACUCUGUGCUUGUUAAGCACCUCAAAGGGAUUAUUAAGUUCCGUGGUGGGCCAAUCUCAGUUGCAGAGUACAUGGAGGAAGUUUUGACAAAUCCUAAAGCUGGGUUCUAUAUUAAUCGGGAUGUGUUUGGGGCAGAAGGUGAUUUUAUAACCUCUCCUGAAGUAAGCCAGAUGUUUGGGGAGUUGGUUGGUGUUUGGGCUAUGUGCUUAUGGGAACAAAUGGGACAACCCAAAAAAGUAAACCUAAUUGAGCUAGGUCCAGGAAGAGGAACGCUCAUGGCUGAUCUUAUACGUGGUACAUCAAAGUUUAAGAGCUUCACAGAAUCACUGCACAUCCACAUGGUUGAAUGUAGUCCAACACUACAGAAGAUUCAAUAUAAUAACUUGAAGUGUAUGGCUGAUGAGAAUUCUAAUGCCAGUGUGGAGAAUGGAGUUAUUAGCUCUUUGGCUGGAACCCCUGUAUCAUGGCAUGCAACAAUUGACCAAGUUCCAAAAGGAUGUAUGACACUAUCAUCAGCUAUAAUAUCAAUACUUUAA